AUGGCGACGGCGCUUAACGACAUUUUGUUUCGUCUGAGUCGAUCUUCAAGUAGUAUGAUUGAGAGGCGUUCCAUUUUGCGUCUUACGGAUGUUUCAAGUCUUGCUGAACUAGCACACAGAGAAUACCAAGCUGGAGAUUAUGAACGGGCUGAACAACAUUGUAUGCAAUUAUGGCACCAGGACCCGGAAAAUACAUCUACUUUGUUACUACUCAGUUCUAUACACUUCCAGUGUCGCCGGAUGGAAAGGUCAGCCUACUUCAGCCAGUUGGCUAUCAAACAAAACCCGCUAAUGGCAGAGGCGUAUUCCAAUCUCGGGAAUGUUUUCAAAGAGCGAGGGCAGUUGAAAGAAGCAAUUGACAACUACAGACACGCACUAAGAAUAAAACCCGAUUUCAUUGAUGGAUACAUUAAUUUGGCUGCUGCUUUAGUUGCUGCUGGUGAUAUGGAGUCUGCAGUAAACGCUUAUGCAACAGCACUGCAGUACAACCCAGAUUUAUAUUGUGUACGAAGUGAUCUGGGGAACUUACUAAAGGCACUUGGACGAUUGGAUGAGGCGAAAUCAUGCUAUCUGAAAGCGAUUGAAACCUGUCCAACGUUCGCAGUGGCUUGGAGCAACCUGGGAUGUGUGUUCAAUGCUCAAAAUGAGAUAUGGUUGGCAAUCCAUCACUUCGAAAAGGCUGUUACUUUGGAUCCUACUUUUCUGGAUGCUUACGUCAACCUUGGAAAUGUGUUAAAGGAGGCUCGUAUAUUUGACCGUGCAGUAGCAGCCUACCUAAGAGCUUUGACAUUAUCUCCAAAUAACGCUGUUGUCCACGGUAAUUUGGCCUGCGUUUACUACGAGCAAAAUCUUAUCGAUCUUGCCAUCGAUACUUACAAAAGAGCAAUUGAAUUGCAGCCAAAUUUCCCCGAUGCUUAUUGUAACUUGGCCAAUGCACUCAAAGAAAAGGGAAAGGUUUCAGAGGCUGAGGAAUAUUACAACACAGCCCUGAGAUUGUGUCCUACGCAUGCAGAUUCUUUAAACAACCUAGCGAACAUCAAGCGUGAGCAAGGAAAAGCGGAAGAAGCAAUACGACUAUACGUCCGAGCUCUUGAGAUAUAUCCUGAAUUCGCAGUAGCUCAUUCUAAUCUCGCAAGCAUGCUUCAAUUACAGGGAAAAUUGCAAGAAGCUUUGUUGCACUAUCGAGAAGCCAUUCGCAUAUCACCAACGUUUGCUGACGCUUACUCCAAUAUGGGGAACACCUUGAAAGAAUUGCAGGAUGUUCAAGGUGCGAUGCAGUGUUAUCAAGAGCUAUUCAGAUUAAUCCUGCCUUCGCUGAUGCUCAUUCGAAUCUAG